GAAAGAAUCGACCCUGACGUGCUGUGAGUAGAACCUGUGUGGAUCGCCUUGUAUACACUAUAGAGACAUAUCCCCGCCGUGUCCUCCACGAGAUUCCUUCCUAGCGGUCCGAAGCUGUGAAGAGAAUGCCUAGUAUGCUGCGGGAGAGGGUCAAGCGAGCCAUACUACCUCUUGCCCAGGAGAAUAUUGACAAAUUAGACACUGUCAUCAAAGAGGGAAACUACUAUGGAGCUCAGCAGAUGCUGAAGUCUCUCAGUGCAAGAUAUGUGUCUGCUGAGAGGUUUUCUGAUGCCUUAGAUCUUCUUCAGUUUGGUGCUUGUGCGCAAUUGGAAAAUGAUCAGGUUACUUGUGGGGGAGAGCUUGCAGUUUUGUUUGUGGAAACCCUUGUAAAAGGAAAAUUAUCUUACGAUGGUGACACUCUUGACCGAGUCAGGAAAAUCUACAAGAAGUUUCCUAAGGUUACCGUGCCACAACAUUUGGACCUAGCUGAUGAUGAUGAAAUGCAAAAAGUUGCAGAAGCCCUCACCGCAGCAAAAACACGAGUAGAAGCUUGCUCAUCCUUUGUAAAAGCUGUGAUCAAGUGGUCCUCAGAAUUUGGAGCGCACAAGUAUGGAGCUCCUGAGUUGCAUGACAUGCUGGCUGAGUAUAUAUUCUCAGAGUCCCCUGAGGUGGACAUGGGUAAAGUAUCCUUCCAUUUUGUCAGAGGAAAGAAUCCAAAGAAGUUCGUCUCAACUCUUAUCAAUUUUAUGAGCAAGUGUUACCCUGGAGAAGAUGAUUUGGCUAUUGCUAGGGCAGUCUUAAUGUACUUGUGCCUGGGUAACCUGCGAGACGCCAACUAUACUAUUGAUGAGUUAAAGAAGCAAGUUAACCUUAAGGAGCUUGGCUUUCCUGAAUCUGAACUAAUGCAGUUCAUCACUUAUCUUCUCUUGACGUUGCAGAGAGAUGCAUUGCCUCUGUUUCAUAGGUUAAGGCAGUGCUUCAAACCUAGUAUAAGUAGAGAUCCAACAUUUAAUGAGUUGUUAGAUGAAAUAGCAGAAAUUUUUUAUGGAGUACAACGCCAGAGCCCGCUGCAGGGAAUGUUUGGAGAUUUCUUCAAGAUGAUGGGAGGUCAAUAGCUCCUUGCCAGCGAGCUGACAACACUAGUUAGGUUCUUGAAAUCAUAUGCAGUUCACAACUCUCUAUCUAUACUUGAAUAGUAGGCAUAUCUUUUAUGUUCAAGUUUUUGUUUGUAUCUCACUUCAUAAUAUAAUUGCUUGCAAACGUCGCUUUCUGUUAUGUGCUUCUACAGUGCACACAUGCAGUGUGGUCUCUCGUCUGCAGUGGUUCAUGUUCGAUUUUGUUUGAAUGCUGAUCCUAUUUUACUGGAUUUGAGUUGUAAACCUAGUUUUAUU